AUGAAAAAUUACUUCCAAAAACUAAAGCUUACGUCUACCAAUUCGAAAGGUCACGCAUGGUAUAAUGCUGAUCUUUUACCUACCCCACCUGAAAAGCGAACGUGGAAUGUUUAUAACUUUUUGUUCUUUUAUUUCACUACUUCAUUGACGCCAUCGUCAUAUACUUUGGGUGCAACAUUAGUGAAAAUGGGUUUACUUUGGUGGCAUGGUCUCAUUUGUGCUGCAGUCGGUAGUUUUUUUUUAUCAAUCAUCUUGGUCAUCAAUUCUAGAGCAUCCUCAGAAUAUCAUCUAGGGUUUCCGGUGAUUGUGAGAGCACCAGCAGGAAUGUACGGCUCAUACUUUUUUAUCUUUGUUAGAGUUUCUGUGGCAUCAAUAUAUUUUGCUGUUCAAACUUUUUUUGCAGGGAACCUAAUGGAUGUUAUGUUGAAAGCAAUAUUUGGCCACAAGUGGGCUAACAUUGGGAACACAGUACCGAAAUCUGCAGAAGUAACAUCCUCCAAGCUACUUGCAUUUUUUAUUGUUUGGAUAAUUCAGCUGCCGUUGAUUUUCAUGCAUCCAACUAUUCAAAGACAUCUCUACACGGUCAAGGCAAUCACCACCACAACAACUUUAUUUGCUGUUUUUGGGUAUUGUGUUAGAAAGGCUGGUGGGCUUGGAACACCAGAAACUCUAGCAGCAGGCAGAGUUUACGGCUCAGAGCUUGGAUGGGGUAUCGUUUAUGGUAUAAACUCAAUAAUGGGUGCCCUUUGUCCAAUUCUUAUCAAUGCUGGUGAUGUUGUUAGAUAUGCCAGAAAAACAAGCGAUGCAGCAUGGGUGCAAUCUUUUGCAAUUUUGUUCUCAAAAGUUUUGAUUACAUUCUUGGGUUGCGGAACAACAUCUGCCGCAAGGGUUUUUUUGGGCAAAACAUUUUGGAACCCUUGGGAUUUGUAUGAUGCACUGUUAGAUUACCACUGGACUGCAGGCAUGCGCACUGCAAUGGUAUUUGCUAGUUUCGGUAUGAUCCUCGCCUUGGUGAUUGUCAAUAUUGGUACCAACUGCUUACCUGUGGGAGCUGACACAACUGGUAUGUUUCCAACAUACAUGACAAUUGUGAGAGGCCAAUUUCUCUGCUGGCUUGUGUGUCCGUUGUUUUUCCCCUGGAAGAUGAUUUCAAGUGGUGCAAGAUUUAUUGCUUUUCUUGGAAGUUACUCCAUUAUGCUUUGUCCUAUUGCUGCAGUAAUGAUUUACGAUUAUUACUUUGUUAGAAAGGGAAAUUUCCACACACUCUCUUUUUACUGCCCAAAUAAAGGUUCUAUGUUUUGGUAUGGAAAUAAGUUUGGAGUGAACCCAAGAGCAAUAGUUGCUUGGAUCUUUGGGGUUGGCGCAACCAUUGCUGGUGUUGCAAAUAGUAUUCACCCCGGCUCUGUUUCAGUUGGUGUCUCUCACGUUUAUCAGUUGGGCUUUCUACUUUCAUUCUCAAUUGCUUUUAUCAUAUACGCCAUAAUGAACUAUUUUUUUCCUGUGACUCUUUGUUUUCCUGAAGGCUACGAUAAAGAAACAGUCAACUUUGAGGAAUUUGCUCCUACAGAUGGAUUUUUAGAUGGAGAAAAAUGUCAAGAUAUCCUGGAAGAGGAGGUUAGUGUUAUUGAGGACAAAAAGUCUAGUAUUUCUGAGACAAUAGAAAUUUCACCUGACCUCAAAAUUUAA